UAAACAAGGCAUGUGAAUCCUUGAGAACGAGGCAUUUAUCAUGAAUAUUUAGGCCCGGAAAUGAUUUUCACAGUGUGAUUAUCAUAAUGGGACCAGCAGCUGUCUGGGUGCAUAAUGGUUGGAUGAUCAGCUUUUACUAGGCCUAUGCUCAUUAGAUAACAGGGUGGAACGCUCAGCAGGCCUAUAUUGUAUGCCCAUGUAUUAGCAAUCAUCUGCAAAGUGGGGAGCUGAACAAUCAUAUGGAAUACCACACAAAGGACUUGGACUGUUGGAGUAUGCACAACAAUUCGAUCAAAUCAAAUUCAGUGUGAUGCCUGUCUUAGUCCAGAGAUUAUGUGGUGACUUUGCUUGAACUGUGGUUGUGAUGAAAUUUUCUCAACAUCAUCUAUGAUAUUUGGUCAUUUUUUGCACUAGGUGACCACGGCUCUAAAAUGUCAAGAAAGAAGGAUUAUGACCAUGACUAUGUCCCCUUGGAACAGGAUGAUAUGGACGGUUUCUUGACUAACACUGAUAAAUAUGUGCCAUUACCAUGGGAAAAUAGAAUGGGCAUGACAGUGUCCUCAGGAUCUGUCAAACUCAAGAAGGAUUCCCAAAACCUGAUCGGUAUCAGCAUUGGUGGUGGCGCCCCCUUAUGCCCAUGUCUGUACGUUGUCCAGGUGUUCGAUAACACCCCAGCUGCGAAGGAGGGGACACUGGCAUCAGGAGAUGAGAUUGUCGGAGUUGCUGGUCAGUCAGUCAAGGGGAGGACCAAGGUGGAAGUGGCUCGGAUGAUACAGGGAGUCAAGGCGGAAGUCACAAUCAACUACAACAAACUUCAUGCUGAUCCAAAGCAGGGCAAAACACUUGAUAUUGUCCUCAAGAAGGUGAAACAUCGGGUGGUGGAGAACAUGCAUUCUGGGACGGCUGAUGCCUUGGGUCUGAGUAGGGCUAUUCUCUGCAACGAUGGCCUUGUGAAGAAGCUUGAGGAAUUGGAGAAGACGGCCGGCAUGUAUAAAGGCAUGAUGGAAAAUACCAAACGAUUGCUGAAGGCAUUCUUUGAUUUAUCACAAACACAUAGAGAAUUUGGUGAAGUAUUUGCCAGUAUAGGAGUACGGGAACCUCAGCCCACUGCCAGUGAAGCGUUCACCAUCUUUGGUGAAGCCCACAGAAAGAUUGAGCGAUAUGCCAUCACCAUGUUGAAGACCGUGAAACCUAUGAUCAGUGAUUUGAAUACAUAUCUAAACAAAGCAGUGCCCGACACUCGUCUCACCAUCAAGAAAUAUCUGGAUGCCAAGUUUGAGUAUUUGUCGUACUGCCUGAAGGUGAAGGAAAUGGAUGAUGAAGAAUACAGUUACGCUGCCUUACAAGAACCAUUAUACCGGGUGGAGACAGGAAAUUAUGAAUACAGAUUGGUGCUACGAUGUCGUCAGGAUGCGCGGACAAGAUUUGCCAAGAUGAGGAGUGACGUCCUCGUCAAGAUCGAGCUGCUCGACAACAAACAUGUCCAAGAUAUUGUGUUCCAAUUGCAAAGAUUGGUGGCAGCUAUGUCCAAGUAUCACACUGAAUGUCAUGUGGUCUUAAAGGAGGCUGACGUCUUCCCCAUUGAAGUUGAUCUUUCCCGCAGCACGUUCACUUAUGAUAAAUCAAACCAGUUUAAUGAUGAGGAGGACGAAGAUGACGAUGAAGUGCUUGAGGUGGCUGAGGAACCAACAACGCCAACUAGCGAGAUGAAUCUCAUUAGUACGGAAUAGACAAUUUGAUCGUGAGCUGGGCAGGGUUGUUCAGGGCCCCUCCCCGCCCAAAUUUUGAAAAGAGCUAUGGACAAGAAAUAGUUUUAAAUUUUGCCCGGCCUUAUAUUAUGCUACUGCCAGCCAAGUCUCUUAAAAAGAUAUGGAUGUUCUUGGGAACAAAAUGUAUUGAUGAUAUCUCUAGAAGAGAUGGGUUUGGGUAAAAUCAGUAAAUGCGGGUACUGGGCAUCAUGUCUUUUGAUGCCAUCAAGUGCUGCGGGUACUGGGCAUCAUGUCUUUUGAUGCCAUCAAGUGCUGCGGGUACUGGGCAUCAUGUCUUUUGAUGCCAUCAAGUGCUGCGGGUACUGGGCAUCAUGUCUUUUGAUGCCAUCAAGUGCUGCGGGUACUGGGCAUCAUGUCUUUUGAUGCCAUCAAGUGCUGCGGGUACUGGGCAUCAUGUCUUUUGAUGCCAUCAAGUGCUGCGGGUACUGGGCAUCAUGUCUUUUGAUGCCAUCAA